AUGCAGGAUGCAGUCCUUCUCCUGGUUCUCCUGGGUGCCGUGUCAGGGGGAGAGGUGCUACACCUCAUCCACUUGCCUGCUGCGAGCAAUGUGGCAGAGAACUCUCCACCUGGGACUUCAGUACACAAGUUUUCCGCGAAUUUGUCAGUAUCAGUGUCACCUGUGAUCCCAGGGUUUCCCCGGAUCAUCAACUCAAGUCCCCUCACUGAAGCCUUCAGGGUGAACCGGCUGUCAGGCACUGACUUCCAGGUUGUCACCACUGGGAAGGAACAACUGGAUUUUGAAACAGGACCAAACAUAUUUGAUUUGCAGAUUUACGUUCAGGAUGACGUUGGUGUCACUGACCUGCAGGUCCUGACUGUCCAGGCAACAGAUGUGAAUGAGCCACCUCAGUUUCAAGGCAACUAGGCAAGAGGUCAAGACUUCUACCUAGUGGAAAGAACACACCCUAGGUUCAUUUACCAGGUCAAGGCCUUCGAUCCAGAAGACACAAACCGAAACAUACCCCUCAGUUAUUUCCUGAUUUCUCCCUCAAAGAGCUUCAGAAUGUCUGCUAAUGGGAACCUCUUCUCCACAACAAAAUUUGACUUUGAAGCAGGACAUAGCAGCUACCCUCUCAUUGUGGAAGUGAGAGACAGCCAAGUGCUCAGGGCCUCUACCGCCCUCCAGCUGAACAUUGUGAUCAACGAUGAGCCCCCGUGCUUUACCAGCCCAACGUGAGUGUACAUGAUUCCGGAGGAGCUGAGUCCAGGAACCAUCAUGGCCAAUAUCACCGCUGAGGACCCUGAUGAUAAAGGUGUCACCAGCUUCCUCCUCUACAGUCUCACCACUGUUAACAGCUAUUUCAUGAUCAAUCAGUUGACUGGUACCAUCCAAGUGGCGCACAGGAUAGAUCGAGAUGCAGGUGAAUUAAGACGAAAUCCCUCCGUUGCUCUGGAAGUUCUGGUGAAAGACAGACCCUCGGGGGCUCAGGAGAAUCGCAUGCAGAUCACCUUCGUUGUGGAAGACAUUAAUGACACCCCUGCUGCGUGCUCCAAGUUCACCUUCAGCAUUAUGGUGUCUGAAAGGGCAGCCAAGGGGACCUUGCUUCUGGACCUGAACAAGUUCUGCUUUGAUGAUGACAGUGAAGCACCAAACAACCAAUUCAACUUCACCACGCCAUCUGGAGUGGGGAGCAGCGGCUGGUUUUUACAGGAUCCAGCUGGCUCUGGGAAAAUUGUGUUGGUUGGCGACCUAGAUCAUGAAAAUCCAAGCAACCUGGCAGGCAGCAGCCAACACACGGUGAUAACCCAGGCGCAGGGUGUUGCCGCUACUGCAAAAGCAAAUAAGAUCUACAUUUAUAUCCUAACAACCCCAGAAAAUGAGUUUCCACUUGUCUUUGACAGGCUGUCCUAUGUAGCUAACGUGUCGGAAUCAAGCCCAGCUAGAACCCGGGUUGGACAGGUACAAGCGACUGAUAAAGAGCUCCCCCAGCGCAGCAUCGUGUACUCCAUCUCCACCUGGGGGGCCAGCCGCCAGUACCCAAAUGUAUUUUGGAUUAAUCCUAAAACGGGAGAACUUCAGCUGGUGACUAAAGUGGACUACGAAACAAUCCCCAUCUAUAUUCUCAGAAUCCAGGCCACCAACAGCAAGGACACGAGCUCAGUCACUGUUACUGUGAACGUCCUUGAAAAAAAUGAUGAAAAGCCAAUUUGUACCCCAAACUCUUAUUUCCUGGCCAUCCCAGUGGAUCUGAAAGUUGGCACAAAUAUUCAGAAUUUCAAGCUGACGUGUACCGACCUUGAUUCCAGCCCCAGGUCUUUUCGGUACCCCAUCGGCCCAGGCAACAUCAACAGUCAUUUCACCUUCUCUCCCAAUGCUGGGUCCAAUGUUACACGCCUGCUCCUUGCAACUCGCUUUGACUACACUGGUGGGCUUGAUGAGAUCUGGGACUACAAACUGGUAGUCUACCUAACUGAUGACAACUUGCUGUCCGGCAGGAAGAAAGCUGAGGCUCUUGUUGAAACACGGACUGUGACACUGAAUGUUAGCGUCAUUCCUUACCCAACCACGAUUGUCACCACAACCCCCAGGCCCAGGGUCACCUACCAGAUCCUGAGGAAAAAUGUUUAUGCUCCAUCAGCAUGGUAUGUGCCUUUUGUCAGCACUCUGGGAUCCAUAUUGCUUCUGGGUCUUCUAGUGUCCCUGAUCGUCUUCGUGGCCAAAGCCAUUUAUAGACACGGUCCCUGCAAGACUGGGAAACACUAGAAGCCUCUGGUGAAGAAAGGAGAAAGGAAGAAUACAGAGAGAGAAGUUGUGCUGGAAACAAUCCAGAUGAACACUGCCUUUGAUGGAGAAACCAUAGAUCCGGUUACCGGGGCAAUAUAUGAAUUCAACUCAAAAACUGGAGCCAGAAAGUGGAAAGAUCCUUUAACCCAAAUGCCAAAAUGGAAGGAGUCCAGCCGCCUGGGAGCUGCUUGGAGUGGAGCUGCCUCUGGGGAAGAGACCGGGCUCCCGAGGAGCACCAACAAGGAAGAAGAUGGGCUGAGCAGCCAAGUGCAGGCUGAGGAUGCAGGCCUGGGUUCUAGAAACCAGGAUGGCAAGCCGAGCUCCCCACAGAGCAGAAACCCUGCCCUCAUGAGCAGUGCUUCCCCCAAGCCAAACCCAGAAAAGUAA